CUGACUGCUGCUGGAACAGCGGCGAACCCUCCUUCCUGCUCGUGGUAGCCUGGGUGCCCACCAUGCUCCAGCCAGGGAGGCUGUGGCAGCUGCUGACUUUGAUGAAGUUGCCCUGGUGCCUGCUGGAGUUCCUGUUGUCGGCGGUGGCGCACGGCCAGGAGAUGUACGCCCCGCACUCCAUCCGCCUGGAGGGCGACAUCACCCUGGGCGGCCUCUUCCCCGUCCACGCCAAGGGCCCCACCGGCGUGCCUUGCGGGGACAUCAAGAAGGAGAACGGCAUCCACCGCCUGGAGGCCAUGCUCUACGCCCUGGACCAGAUCAACAGCGACCCCGAGCUCUUGCCCAACGUCACCCUGGGCGCGAGGAUCUUGGACACCUGCUCCAGGGAUACGUACGCGCUGGAGCAGUCGCUCACCUUCGUGCAAGCGCUCAUCCAGAAGGACACCUCCGACGUGAGAUGCACCAACGGGGAGCCGCCGGUCUUCGUCAAGCCGGAGAAAGUGGUGGGCGUCAUCGGGGCGUCGGGCAGCUCUGUCUCCAUCAUGGUGGCCAACAUCUUGAGGCUCUUCCAGAUACCCCAAAUCAGUUAUGCUUCAACUGCACCAGAGCUAAGUGACGACAGGCGCUAUGAUUUCUUCUCACGGGUGGUACCUCCAGAUUCCUUCCAAGCACAGGCGAUGGUGGACAUAGUGAGAGCUUUGGGGUGGAAUUAUGUCUCCACAUUGGCUUCUGAAGGAAGUUAUGGAGAAAAAGGCAUGGAAUCUUUUAUACAAAUCUCCAGAGAGUCAGGUAACCUCUGCAUUGCUCAGUCAUUGAAAAUCCCCCAGGAUCGCAAAGACAAGACCUACGAAUUUGAUAAAAUUAUCAAGCUGCUCCUAGAUACUCCCAGAGCCAGGGCUAUCAUUGUAUUUGCCUACGAUGAGGAUAUAAAGCAUAUCCUUGCAGCAGCAAAAAGGGCUGAUCAAGUUGGCCAUUUUCUUUGGGUUGCAUCAGACACUUGGGGCUCCAAAAUAAAUCCUGUAAUUCAGCAGGAAGAUGUCGCCGAGGGAGCCAUCACCAUUCUGCCCAAGCGUGCAACAAUAGAAGGAUUUGAUACCUACUUUACUUCCCGCACACUGGAGAACAACAGAAGAAAUGUGUGGUUUGCAGAAUACUGGGAAGAAAACUUCAAUUGCAAGUUAACGAUUAGUGGGUCAAAAAAGGAAGACACAGAUCGUAAAUGCACGGGACAGGAGAGAAUUGGGAAAGACUCCCACUAUGAGCAGGAGGGUAGAGUUCAGUUUGUGAUCGAUGCUGUUUAUGCCAUGGCUCAUGCCCUCCAUCAGAUGAACAAGGAUCUGUGCAGUGAUUAUUCGGGUGUCUGCCCAGAGAUGGAACAUGCAGGGGGCAAGAAGCUGCUGAAGUACAUCCGCAGCGUUAACUUCAAUGGCAGUGCUGGCACCCCAGUGAUGUUUAAUAAGAAUGGUGAUGCACCAGGGCGUUAUGACAUCUUUCAAUACCAAGCAACAAACACCAGCGCCCCAGGCUACCAUCUGAUUGGCCAGUGGACGGAUGACUUGCAGCUCAAUAUGGAUGAAAUGCAGUGGGGCAAAGGAACGAAGAAGGUCCCUACUUCUGUCUGCAGCCUUCCCUGUAAACCGGGAGAACGAAAGAGGAUUAUUAAAGGGAUGAGCUGCUGCUGGCAAUGUGAGCUGUGCGAUGGAUACCAAUACCAGUCUGACGAAGUGACCUGCAAGAUCUGCUCCUACAGUCAACGGCCAAAUGAGAAUCGUACAGGAUGCAGCCCUAUCCCUAUUGUGAAGUUGGAGUGGCAUUCCCCGUGGGCAGUCAUCCCGGUCUUCUUGGCCAUGCUUGGAAUUAUUGCCACCAUUUUUGUUAUGGCAACCUUCAUUCGAUACAACGACACCCCCAUUGUGCGGGCUUCUGGGAGGGAACUCAGCUAUGUUCUAUUGACAGGAAUAUUUCUGUGUUAUAUCAUCACAUUCUUGAUGAUUGCCAAGCCAGAUGUUGCUGUGUGCUCCUUCCGGCGUAUCUUCUUAGGAUUGGGGAUGUGCAUAAGUUACGCAGCUCUGUUGACUAAAACAAACCGCAUCUACCGCAUAUUUGAACAGGGCAAAAAAUCAGUGACAGCACCCCGGCUUAUUAGUCCAACAUCACAACUAGCAAUUACUUCAAGUUUGAUAUCAGUACAGCUUCUUGGGGUUUUUAUUUGGUUUGCAGUUGACCCACCAAACAGUAUAAUAGAUUAUGAUGAGCAUAAGCCUAUGGAACCAGAUCAAGCCAGAGGAGUCCUCAAAUGUGACAUUACGGAUCUACAAAUCAUAUGUUCUUUGGGGUAUAGCAUUCUCCUCAUGGUUACAUGUACUGUCUAUGCUAUCAAGACUCGGGGUGUCCCGGAGAAUUUUAAUGAAGCCAAACCCAUUGGAUUCACUAUGUACACGACUUGUAUAGUAUGGCUUGCCUUUAUUCCAAUAUUUUUUUGCACUUCCCAUGCAGCUGAAAAGGUCUACAUACAAACUACCACACUUACAAUAUCCAUGAAUUUAAGUGCUUCAGUGGCCCUGGGGAUGCUUUAUAUGCCGAAAGUGUACAUCAUCAUCUUCCACCCUGAACUAAACGUCCAGAAGCGGAAGCGCAGCUUUAAGGCAGUAGUGACAGCAGCAACCAUGUCGUCGCGACUGUCACACAAAACUAGCGACAGACCAAAUGGGGAAGCAAAAACAGAACUUUGUGAAAAUGUAGACCCAAACAACUGCAUACCACCUGUAAGAAAGAGUGUACAAAAAUCUGUUACUUGGUACACUAUUCCACCUACAGUAUAGCUCUUGCCUGCUUUCUUAGAAGGCCCUGCUGCAAAAAAGAAGUAUGUCAGUUAUAACAAUCUGGUUAUCUAGUCAGCUGCAUCAGACGGAGCCAUGGGAGGAUGGAGAUUUUCAUCCAUUCAGUCACCUCACCUCGUGCAGGCCUGUUCCUGAAACCGCAGCGUAUGCACUGCUGGAGACGUUGAAAGGCCAGGCAGUUAUUAUGGAGGAUCCAAGUAUUCUGAAACAGCUGCUCUAUGAAAAUAUCCUUAACUUAUUCUUGGCUUAAUAAGUCACUGGCACUGCCACUGGGCUGUGAUGUUGGAACUUUUCUUCUUUGUAUGGGAGGUAUGACCUAUGAGCUCCGACCAGCUUCUCCCGGGUGAACUGCAAUUGGCCGUGGUGACUUUCAAGGGGCUAUUUUUGUCUUUCUAUGUACUUCCAAACUGCAAGUUUUUGAACUUUCUGUACAGUUUGUGAGGGAUUUUUGCAUAUUGCCAUUCAUGUCGUUUCAGAGGCUCACCGUUGGUUUUGAAUGCACAGUUAUCAUGCAAGCCCUGUUCUUUCUAACUUUAGCACACUAAAACAAAAAAAAACAAAAGCCCCGAGAUUUAAAAGAAUUUAUGUACAUGACUUGUAUGAUUAUUACUGUACCACUGCAAUUCAUAUGUUAUUUUUUUAAUUAAAACAAAAGGGAGAAAAAAGAUACUUAAGACCAAAAACUGUGCUGACCAAGCAAGCCCCUCACUCUGUUCCCCCCCCUCUUCCACCUCCACCUCCAUUUUCUGCCUUUCAUAAUUCUGAUGGCAACAGAGAAAGCAGAACGGAUUGCUGAAUUUUGAUAGAGGUCGUCUUGAUAUUUGGAAUGCAUGCCAGUAAUGUAUUUUACAGUACAUGUUAAUAAUUUAUGUUGGAUAUUUGUAUUUGUGUUUCUAUUUUGUUCUUUUCAUUACGGUAUAUAACUAUUUUGCAAUAAUUUCAAUAAUUCUUAUGGUAUUUGAAAGAAAGAAAACGGCUUUUACAUGUCUUGAAAAGAUUUUUUUUUCUUUGUUAAUGCCCCACUAUUGACUGACCAGUGUGAUUUAAACAAACAAAAAAGACUUUUAAGGGAAAAAGCAUGUAUGUUUUAUACUGUUUGUAAUAAGUAAUUUCGUUAAUCUUGCUGCUUAUGUGCCAAUUUAGUGAGAACAAUCUUUGCCGCAGAACACCCCUCUUUCCAUACUCUCAAACCUGUGAUAUUGUCUAAGAAUGUAUCAAUAAAACAUUUUGGUUAACUUUUCUUUA